AUGUCUUUAAGCGACGAUCCAAGCUCAUGCACACGAGCUUUCACUGUGCAGGGGCCAAGGAUGGCCGAAGCAAUGGUGAAAGGCUUGAAGCGGGUCGAAUCUCGCCCAAGACCGCUUUUUGCACCGGGGUGGUAUUUUUUGCACAAGGGCAAAAAGACAGGCUUCGAUGAAGAUUAUGCUCAGGAGUUACAGAGCCUCUUGCCAGAGCAUAGCUCAGGAUUGAUGUCCGAAGCUGCGGCAGAAGAUGGCUGCAGUACAGGGGCCAUUGUUGGCAUGGUGUGUAUUGGAAAGCAGUUGAGAUACUCCGACCUUCCUAACCAUCAGUGGGUGCAGGAAAGCCGACCCGUGGUGUACGAGAUCACACAGUGCAUGCAGUUCACCGCUGGGGUGUCACUGCCAGGUCAGCAAGGUGUUUGGCAUGUUCGGGCGCCUGAGGUCCAGGACAGCCUUCGCAAGGCCAUUGGCAAAGGUACGCUGCACACCUGGUCGGAUCAGUUUCCAGCUUUGUCUGACACGCGGAAAAGAUCGCCGACCCAGAAAGCAAAGACACGAGCUUCAAGACCUUGGCCAAAACCGUUGCCUAGAAAGCGACGCUCUGAUGCCGGUACACAUCAGUGCGCCCCGGACCUUGUGAGUUCCAGCAAGCGCCAGCGCCUCCAUCUUGGAGAUCCUGCGGUUGGCGCGAAGCGCCCGGCCAAUCUUCCUGUGGAUGCAUCAUCUUCGUCCUCGGCACCGACAAGACACGAAGAGCAAAGCUUGGUGCAGCGAAUCUCAGCCGGUCGGACGCUGCCACGGCUGCUCGAACUCAUGGACAUGACAUUCUUCAACAUCAAAUGUCCACAAAAGGCCGGGUGGGUCCUUUGGAACCUCGAAGUGGAUUGUUUGCGCAGGCGAGAUCUUGAUCUCGCAGAUGUCAUUCCUCUGUGCGCUUCUGAGCACAAAGGGAAAGCGGUACACAAGGCAAGAUUGGCUGAGUGUCGGACUGUCGCCAAGAGCGCUCUGUCUUCUAUUUCUUUGAGCUUCCGCGCGUUGCAGGGCACACAACGCCGAGGCGCAAGCCUUCUUUUUGAGAAGAGAGACAACUCCCCGGAUGAAGAGGUGUUGCAAGAGUCUUCUGCUCUGGCUUGCGACCUCGCCGAGCGCUGGCGUGAACCACCCGAAGGCAGUGUAGUGUACGCAGACUUGACCGUUCGCAAAGUGAUGCCAGCUGCUUUGGAGAAACAUCUUUCAGAGCAACCUUGUCAUUUUCCUUCACAGAUGUCAGAUGAGCGACGGAGCAUCUGGGUAUGGGAUCUGCCCUUUCCAAUACAAAUUGAUGGGCGCAGAUAUCGGUGCCGCACCUGCGCGGCAAACGGGGCGUCCAUGCGGUAUUAUGUCAUCACAGUGUCAGACUUGCAAGCGGCAUUCCCUGAUCUUUUGACAUGGCGGGAUCGUCGCCACGGCACAGUUUUCUUCACCAAGAAAUUUCUGCUUUAUCUGGUGCAAGUUUUUUACAGACGCCUCAAUGUUAGAGCCACUAAAAGGGCCAUCGUGGAGCAAAUCGGGGCUUCUGCUUUGGCUCUCGGCUGCAUGACUCGCCUGCGCACACUGUGCACAGCAAUUCCUUCCAAUGUCUCCUUGCGGAAGAUCCUUCUCAACGCCCUAGAGGGUUACACAUCUUCGGCAGUGAAACGGCUCCGACAACACAUCAACUUGUACGCGGGCACAUUGCUCAGACAUGACGGAAACUACGACAUCCCUGAGAGAGUAGUCGAAUUUUCUGGUGGUGUUCGCCGGCGGCCUCACGGGUGCCUCGUUGCCUUUCUAGGCGUGGAUGGCAGCUUGCUUGCUCCGCCAGAGCUAUUGCGGAGCGAAGCUCUUCCAGACCUUCUUCCUGCCUUAGAAGACGUGGUGGAUUCUUUGAAGGCAGACCGCCUUCAGGCUGGUAUGGCUUUGCAGCAAUCGUGCCCGAUUGCGCACGCAACUGACUCCUACCAGAAGCAACGUUUGGCUUUGCAAGCUUUCUACCGGCAGAAGUUUCCAGAGCUACACACAGAGGUAUUAGCAACAAGCCCAAAAGCCGAUGCGGCUGGCGCCGCACGCGGCGCAGGUGAUUGCUGCGUUCGCAUCGUGGGCGCUUGCCUAUUCAAGCUUUCUCUCCCUGCAGUGCCGCCUAGUCACAAGAAAUCGGAUAAGCCCAUUGCAGCGCAGCCCCUGCCAGAAGACUUUCAGAACCUUCUGUUGCAACUCGUGCAAGGCAACAAGACGGAGAAUCAGCGGCUGACGUCCCAAAAUGCGGAUGGGGUGGCAGCUCUGCGAGAUUUCCUUGUGCAGACAGACGUGGCCACUGCGAGGACAUGGAUAGAUGUGUUCGGCGCCAAGCCAACAGCUGGAGUCAUCAGGCGGCUUUGCAAGUGUGUUGGAGCCAAGCUGCCGUCAGAACUUUGCGGAUAUACCACUGUGGCAGAGUUCAAGCGUGAGAUCAGUGUCUUGGUGAAGUGGUACUCGGUUGGUCGCAAAGGGAGCCGGCGGAAGCGAGGCGUGCGAAAGGCAACUGACGAUCCAGGCCAAGUUCAUGGGACCCGCUCGGCCAUGACCCAGAGUGUCUCGGACUAUUUCGAUCGCCUCCAGAAGCCAUUGAAGGUGGAAGGGCUGUGGGCAUGGAGAGACAUAGCCGUUGCCAUUCACCAUGCCCAAAUCAAAUUACAGUCAGGGACUGUCUGCGUAGAAAGAGCUUGGCAGUCAGUGAAGGACAUGCUGCCACCUUCUGGGAGGCACAUGUCACGGCCAUGGCUUGAGAUGCUUCUCCGGAUUGCAUUCCUGCGACACAACUUUCGGCUCUACAAGUCUGGCUCCAAUCCAGCCGUGUCGGAGGGGGACAGCUUGAUCACAGAGAGCCUGCAGUUCUAUGAGCAGUGCGAGCAAAGCAUUGGUUUUCAAGGACUAGAUGAGCUCUUUGCAGCGUUUGAAGAGAAGGUUGAUGACGCCUACGAUAAUUAG